CCCGUUCUCUCCGGAAACUCUGGAUCUUCUGCUCAACUCCACAUUUUGCACUUGCUCAGACGUUGUCUGUUCCUUCGACAAAAACAUUUGUUGCUCUUCUUCCUUCUUCCAGCGCUUGUUCAUUCCACCUUCCACCUCCGCAAAGCUGUUGUCAACUUGGAACAACUUCUUCAGAAAUGUAAUAUUAAAACUAAACUAAAAAAAGACUAAAAAAAACUAAAAAAAAAUGACUAAAAAAAAUGGAAGUUAAGCUUAAAUCACUCAAGUUUUACGGUUUUCGUACAUUCAGUGACGACAGUGAGGUCCAUGAAAUCAAUUUUGAUAAAAAGUUAACCAUCAUUCAUGGCCGGAAUGGAUCUGGGAAGACGACCGUGGUCGAAAUUUUACUGUUUUGCAUGACUGGAAAACUAUCCUCAAAUCCGGAUGGAUUGGACUCUUUCGUCACUGGUGUCCCAGCCACCAUCACUCUAACAUUCAUCAAGGGGUCGGACACCUACGAAAUUAAAUGGACCUUGAACCGGCCCAAUGUCAAGAUAAUGGCGACCUGUCAAAUUAAAGAGAAUCGCACAGUCACACACGAUAAGUUGAAGGAGAAGGAGGCGGAAGAAAUCAUCCGAAAAAUUUUAGACGUUCCGGCCGGUGCAGUGGAAAAAUUAAUUCUCGUCCCACAAGAAAAUACUUUGUGGGCUUUCAACACUCCUACAAACUUGAAAGAGGUGCUCGAUAAGCUCUUAAAUUUGGAGGAGGACAACAAACAGCUCAUGAAACUAGUCGAAGCGAAGAAAGAGAUUGAAAAGAGAAUGAAAACGGCUGAAAUUGAUCUCACCGUGGCACAAGGUGCUGCAGAAAAGCACCCCUCUAUCGUCACCGAGGAGGCUGCCACAUCUCGAAAGGAGGCCGAAUUACAAGCCGUCGUCACCCAGCUGACGGACGAAAUAGAAGAGAUGCUGAACAAGCAUGAAAAAUACGACAAAGUUCUCAAACUGGGCGAAGAUUUGGAUAGGUUGAAGUCGUGUGCGGAUUCUCUGAAUAUUUCAGAAGAAGAAAUAGACACACUGGACGAGAAAGAAUUGGAGUACGACUUGGCCAGGGUAGACGCUGAGCUGGGCGAUAAGCUUAGUACGAUUAUGCGGAAAAUCCGAGAGAAAGACGAUCUUGCUAUCCAACUCCAAGAUACUUCGGAGCAGUUAGGUCAUGCAAAAGCUAACCUGGAAAAUUCGGAGGUGUCACUCGCCCAAAUUUUGGAAUACUGUUCGCAAUAUGAUUCUCCAGAUGUGGAAUCGUGCAAGGGUGUGAUUCAAGCAAAGAUUACCAAAUUGCAGGAAGAUCUUGAACAAAUUAAUAUAAGGAAGGAAAAGGUCGAGGUUCAAAAUAGACUGGAUUCAUGUAUAAAGUUGGAGCAGAUGGCACUCAAUUUUGAGAAAUUUAAGAAAAUGUCAGAUCAGAAAUGGACAACGCUGUUACAAUUAGAACGCGACAUUGCCAAAGUUGAGGGAAAGAUUGAAGCUGGACAAGAAAAUGUGGACGAUUUUGAACGGCUAUGUCCUGACGAAACCAUCCUAAUGGCGGAACUAAACGGUAGAAUCUUACUACUCAAACGGAACCUGAAAUACUUGACGGCCCAAUUGGCCACUAAAACUGCCACCUUUGAUGAAAUGGAGACCCAAUUUUUUGACGAGUUAAAAUUCGACCCGAAUUUGGCAUCAGUUGUGCAAUCACAAAACAACGGAUCUCGAGACUAUCCUUUGCCUGCAAAGAUUGCGAGAAUAGACGAGUCUUUAUUGUCAAAUGAUUCCAAAUCUCAAAACAAGUUCUCUCAAAUUGCUACUGAAAAAUCAACACUUCUCCAAAAAUUAGGUGGCCUGAACUCACGAUUAAUAGUAGAUGAGACUACUGAGGACAUUAAACCUCAACUUGACGAUGAACUCUUCAAACUAAAAAUGGCUUUCGGCCAGAUUGAGAAUUUACAACGCCUGUCCGUGGCCAGGAAUAACGGUGAAGGAACACAUCUUAUGGUGGAUGCAUUCAACGCAUCGUGUGAAAUUCUGAGGGAGCAAGCGGCUCAGAAGGAAAUAGAACUGAAGGAGUUGGAGAUUGUGAUUCACGACGUCAAGAAAAAGAAGGAAAAAAUUCAAUUCAAACGAGAAAAGGCAAUCCCUUGCAUAUCUCAAAUUCGCGAGAUAAAAACUGCACUUGCCACUGCAACCCAAACUCUGAUCUCUUGUUCUCUCGAAUCUACCCAAGUAUCCACCCACGCUGGCCAACUAUUCGACCAAAUCACUCAAAAAACCACCACCCUCGAAAAUGCCAAGGAAAAAUCCGCCACGGCAUCUGGAGAGCUGAACGAAAUUCGGAAAGCGCUCGCCACUUCGACAGCCAACGUGGCAGCUUGCAAGAUCCAUGAGGAAGCGAUGUCAAAUCUUGUCACUGGGUACAAAAUAGCUGACACCGUUGCUUCGGCCAAACGACACCAAAUUCUGACCAAACAUCAGGAGAUGGUGGCCGAGAUAAACCAGUACUUGGCCGACAAGUGGGAAUCACUUUUUCCGUAUGACGACAUCCCGUCAAUCUCACUGUCACAGGUUGAGAUAAAGCACGAAGGGGUGCGGCGAGUUGAUUACAACUACCACUUCAAUAUGGACACAUCAGCGGAUGGAGAGCUAAAGAUGAGGGGACGGUCGUCCCACGGGGAGAAGAUUUUAGCCGCAUUGAUUAUUCGCUGCGCACUGGCUAAAAAAUUUGGCCCAAAUUGUGAGAUUUUAGCAUUCGACGAGCCCAUGGGAGGAUUAGAUGGAGAUAUGGGGCGGGGGUUGGUGGAUCAUUUUUCCUCAAUCACGGACAAAACUCAGGUCAUUGUGACCACGCAUAGUUUGGAGUUUGCGAAAGCUUUGGUUAGCAAAGGAAAUGCGGUGGGGGAGGAGGUUGGAUUUUACAGGGUGGAGAAAGAAGGAGGGAGAUCCAAGUUCCAUGAGGGCUUUGGAGAUUUGUUGGAUGACUGAGUCAGAUCGUGAAUAUUUUGGGGGAACUUUUAAAUAUUAAAAUGACGACAUGAUAAGAUUAUCAUGAUGAGAGUCUAGGUAUUUGUAAUUUAAAACGAAAAAAAUUCUGUAAUUCGUUACUAGUCAGACUUAUAUUUAAAAUAUGUAGCUUAUUUUCAUUGUUAAACAUGUAAAUUUUUCUCGUAUGCAAAAGUGAAUGUGAUGGUUACAUGAUAAUGUCAAUUAUGCACUUAAUAUCAAUGUUAUUACUUAUUAAUCAGCAACCUGCAUAUUUAUUUGUUUUACCAUUUGAAAAGUAUGUGUGAAAGGGAUGAAAAGGAAACCUAUUAAAACACCAGAGUUAAUUCUUGAGAAUAAAUAUGUAUAAAAACCCUGUUUUAUGA